AUGGUAUAUGAUUAUCCUGCUAAAAUAAUAGGAGCAUUUAAAAAAUGGAAAUUGAAAUAAACUUAGAAAUAUUAACAAGCCUUAAAUUCGUAAUCUACAAAUUUUGCAGACAAAGAGUUCUCCUAAUCUACUGAGAAUAAUUUAAUUGAGUCAAAGUAUGACAAAAGUCAGUCUUUAAACAAAUCAGAACUUGCUAGUGAUAGUGUAAUUUAGAUAGAUCUUGAUAAAUAAGGGGUAUAAAUUAUGAAUAUGGCAAACUAACAAAGAAAAAGUUAAAGACAAAAAUACAGAAAGAAAGUUAAGAGCAAACUAAACGGCUAAAUACUAGAUUUUAGAUUAAAGACUGCCAAUGAAACUCGUCAAGUUUCUCCUCCAAUAAUUAAAGAUAGAUAUUAAUAAUAAGAUAUUACUUUGGGAAUCGAGGAAAGUCCUCAUUAAUAGGUUUAAGAAGAAUAUGAUAACACUUUAAAAUUUUAAGGCUAGAAAUUUGAAGGAAAUUUUACCAAGUAAAGAUAGAGAAAAUUUGACUUUAAAUUUGAAAGAAAAUAAUAAGAAGAUCCUUAUUAAAUUAAGUUUAUUUGA